AUGGCAAUGUGGUGGAGGCUCUUUGUGUGCAGCCUGGGGAUCCUCCUCCUGGCGCCGUGUUCUCUCUCUGAGAAGUUCUCUCUGGCUGGCUCCCCACACCCCGUGGUGGGGGUAGUUGGCCGGGAUGUGGUGUUAUCCUGCCAGCUCUCACCCCCGGCCCGGCUGCCCAACAUGGAAGUGCUGUGGAGGAAAACUGGAUCAGGAUUUAUCCCAGUUCACAAGUACUCGGAUGAGGGUACCCAGGACCUGCCAGGGGAGGGUUACCAGACCCGGACGGAGCUGUUCCCACAGGAGUUCAGCAGUGGGAACGUCUCCCUGAAGCUGAAACGGCUCCAAGUGUCAGAUGACGGGAAAUACCAGUGUCUUGUGAGGAACCCAGAAUGGACCCAGGAAGCCACCAUUGAGCUAUGGGUUGCAGCAGUGGCUCCAGUGUUCAUUGACGUACUGGGCCCCCGGGAUCAGGGGAUCGGGCUGGCCUGUAGAACCACAGGCUGGUUCCCCAAACCCGAACUCCAGUGGGUUGGAAAGAACUGGCAGAACCUGGCAAUGGAGAGUGUGACCGACAUGACUCAGGACAGGGAGAACCUGUAUAGUGUUGUGAGUCUCAUCACUGUCACAGAAGGGGAAGAGAAUGGAGACAUCAGCUGCAUAGUGCGGAAUGGCCUGCUGGAGACUGAGCAGAGAUCUGCCAUUCACCUCUCAGGUGAUAUCUUCCCCCGUGUUUCCUCUUGGCUUGCUGCAUUCUGGGUAUUGUUCACUCUGGUUCUCAUUGCUGCUGGAGCGUGUGCAUAUCUUGGAUACACAGCGAAGCGAAAGGCCUCUCAGAAGAAACGCUCUAAAGAGGAGGCUCUGUUACUUCUUGAGUCUGAGAAGAAGACCUGGGAAGCAGAGCGAGAUGAGCUGCAUGAGACAAUUGAUAACGUGAGGAUUGCCUUGGAAUCAGACAAAGCGGUCAGAGAGCUAGAUUUCAGGAGGGCUCGGAGCUACAUGGUUCCCAUCACCCUGGAUCCAGAUUUCAAACACCCCGAGCUCACCAUCUCUAAGGAUGGCCGAAUAAUCCAACAUGACCCUGCCUCCCUAGGGCUGGCUACCCCCCCUGGGGCCCUGGUUGCUGUGGGGAGGGAGGGGUUUGUGGCCAGGAAGGUUCAUGAUGGGGAGGGAGGGGCUUGCCAGGGGUACUGGGAGGUGGAGGUGGGGAACAGCCCGGAGUGGGAGCUGGGGGUGCUGAGUAAGACUGUGAGGGGCAGAGUGAGACCUGGAGACCAGGAGAGGCUGGAGAAACCCCCUGAGGGGGGGUUCUGGGCUCUGGGGAGAUCUGGGGUGCAGUAUCACCCCAGUGAGGCCAAUAAUGUGAUCCAGAACUUGGGUGUGACACCGACAGUGGUUGGGGUCUAUCUGGAUCUAGAAGGGGAGAGUCUCUCAUUUUAUAGUGUCAAUUCAAUGGCCCUUAUUCUGAAGAUUCCUGUAGAAGGUUCUGAGAGAUUGUUCCCGUUCCUCAGCCCUGGUCUCGCUGUGGGGAAGGACCAGGGGAAACCCCUCAGCAUCUGCCCCUGCAGCGACUGGGAUUUCCCCCAGAAAUUAAGAGUUAGUGGGUCUGUUAGUCAGGGAGAUUCCAGAGCCCCCGCACAGACCUCUGCCCCGAAUGACAGGAAAGAGGCAGAAAACAACACAGAACUACUUGCCACAGGAAAAACAGCCCCAUCGCCUGGACAGCACCCAGCCCCUGGAGACAAGGAAGUGAAAAAAAACAGGGCAAGGCCAUCUGUGGGAGAAUAUUUCCAAAAGCUCCUGCCCACGAGGACGGGGGAUGAAACAGAGCAGGUGCAUCAACAACUGGAAACACCUCCCAGACAGAAGGGGAAAAAGAACAGCCAAACACCCCAGGUCUGA